CAACCAUCCCAAGAAUGCAGUGCUGUAUUUCAAUAAAUAAAUCAGGGAUGGCUUCUCAGACACGUUUGACUCCUGAGAAGUGACUGUGUGGAACAAAGUGUUUGAGCUGGAAUGUAGUGCUAUUCCCAGCGCCCAGAUGAACCGCAACGCAGAUGAGCAACUCCGGGGUCCACCGGGGUCCACGCGCGGGCCGGUGCCCCCGGCUGGGGCUGUGGCCAGCCCUGUCUCUCACUCUUCAAGGCUCCUUCUGGGGCUUUUGUGGUCUUUGCUCAGAUGCCAGCGUCUCAGAAAGCCUCCCUACACCACGUUCCACGCAGCAGCAACCCCACCCCUCACUUCCCAUUGUUCCUCCGCCGAUUUUUUUCUCGGAGCAUGGAACACGCGCCAACCAUGCGAUUCCUUGCUGGGAGACCGCAAACUUCCACCGACGCAGCUGUAGCAAGGCUGGCAUCUCGUUCCCGGGCUGGUGCAUUGUUUUCGGUGUGGGGUGCACCGGGUCACCGCCGGGUAGGCAGAGGUACAGCCUGAGCAACCAGCAGGGGCCAGUGUCAGUGCUGUUUGAUCGCGCCCCUUGCCCCCAACCCGCCUCGCUUACAGAAUCUUGGCACUGGAGUUGGCAUACAAACAUUUAUUGGCGCUCAACAAACAUUUAUUGGCCAAGGGUUGUGGGGAGCUCUGAUCAACUAGCUUAAGGCCACCUCACCUGGCCCAGGAAAGGGAAGGGGGACAAUUCACCUGACUGGGGGGGGGGGUUACUGGAAGGCCGGGGGUGGGGUGGGUGGGAAAGGGCAGCUUUUGUCUCACUGAGCAGUUGAAGGCCAAAUUUGUAUUUUUGGGGAAGAGACUUUAAUGGUAGGACGUUUCCCGGUUUCCCUGCACACAGCGCACUGCUUUGCACAGUCUACAUGAAACGUUCCAAGAAGCGUGUUGAAUUGCAACGUGCCCCGCACCUCGGCCACAUCUGCCUCAGUUUCUCCGGGGGCACCGGCGGGCAGGUGUCCAGGGCCCCUCCGAUAAGUGCCGUGAACCGGCGGUACAAAGCACGCGCGCCCACCGCAAAGGGCUUUUUCGGAACCGCAGGCUGCAGAGCUUUCUGGCCCCUUCAGUCCAAGGCGGUCGGGCCGUCACCAUCCCUUCAACCCCCUGUUUUUCGGGCCCCGGGACAAUCUCUCCAGCGGGUGUGGCUGCCUCUAACGGGAAAGGCGGGGUUGUGGGGGGGGGGGGGGCGAAGGAAGCCCUGGCCCUCUGGACCGCCGAAGCGCGCGGACGGCCGCAAGGGGUCCCCCCGCCCCCCUGCACCCGCCCCAGCUCCCAGGCCCGCGGCCCGGCGGGGCGCGCGGGAGCGGGGGGCGCGCGGUGCUUCCUCGCGGGGCUGCGCGCGCGCGCCUGCCUCUUCUCCCUCGCCCGCUCGGGUGGCUACGUGCUUCCUUUGUCAAUGAGGCGCCGCUCGCAGCUGCAGUAACACUCGCGGCCCGAGAGCCGGAGCGAGGAGCCCGCCGGAGAGCGCGCGGGAGAGGCAGCAGCCGGCUGCGGCCGGAGGGUCCUGAGCGCACCCCGCGCCCGCCCGCCCGCCCGCCCGCCUGCCUGCCCGGCCCCGGCUCCGCCGCGCCGCCGCCUCGCCCCCUGGGGUCUGCAGCAGCCGGCCCGCGGGGAGGGGGACCCCGGGCGGCGCCCGUCCCACCCUGCGUGGCCAGCGGCGCCGUGGGAACCCCGGCCCGCUCCCGCCGCGGCUCCAUGCGCCGCCGGCCCCGGCGCCGGUGAAGCCGCGGCCGCCGGUCCAGCCGCCCGGCACCCCCCGCAUCCCGCUACCCCCGGCCCCCGGGCCCCGGCGGGAGAUGCCCGGGGAGGAGGCGGGCGCCGAAGGCUGGGUUCCUCGGCGCGGUGCGCAGCGAGGCAGCGGCCUGGAUGUGUGAAGCGUCCCCAUGGCUCGGCAGGAGGCGAAGCCCCCGGGCCCGAGGGCCGCCGGGCGGGCAGCGGCGGGGCGCAGGCGCCGGAGCGGACAGCGCCGGCUCGGGCCGGCCGGCGGGAAAGCCGCGUGCAGCCCGGGUGUGAGAUGCCCGGGGCCGGCGCGGGCUCCCCGCACCGCCGCGUCUCGGAAUGCGCCGCCGCCGCCGCUGCUGCUGGGACUCCUGCUGCUGGCGGCUCUCCCCGAACCCUGCCGGACCGCCCCGGGGACUAGCCACCUGCAGACCGCGGGCACCCCCACGCCAGAGCCCUUUGCUCCGGGGAAACUGCUGCCGAUGUCACCAACAUGGCCUUUCUCCGAAGUCCCGUCUCCGGGACCCCGACUGAGGACGGUGCUGGACCCCGCGGACAACAGGAGCGCCCCGCAGCAGGCCCCGCGCCGGGCCCGGGCUCAGGGCGCCGCUGCCGCCGCCGCCGCCGCCGCCUCCUCGCUCCAGAGAAGUGGACAGAGCAGCGCCGCCCCCGGGCCGCCGCUGGAUCCCGCGACCGUGCUCCCACCCAGACCUCUCGGGGGAACGGCCGCCGCCCCGUCAGCUGGCCACGGGCAAACCCCCGUGUCUGGGGCCGGUCCGGGGCCACCGCGGAACUCGGCAGGAGCAGCUGGACCUUCCGCUCGGACUCUCCUGCAGCAGCCGCAGAAUCUGGUCUCCCCCCUGCCUGCUCCCACAAUGCCAACUCCGCAGGAAGAGGAUGGCAGCACAACCCCUCCGACUGCAGCCACUGACGUCCCCCUCUCCAGCCAAUUUCCCAAGCCUGUCUACACAACUCGGACACUUCCCCCUCCGGAGGAGGAGAGUGAGACCGUCACUCGAGGAGGAAACCAAAGAGCCAGCCUGACCACCCACGCUCUCCAGACCCUUCCGAGGAGAACGACGACGAACCUUCCCACAGCGAAGGGACUCGUCUCUGAUGUUAGCACAGACCCCGUUUCAUCUGCUGCCGUCUUAGCCCUCAGAGGGAGCCUCCUUCCUUCAGAAUUACCUUCACCUUCCCUUUCCUCCAGACACGCCACCCAGACUCUGUCCCCCUCUCCUGCUCCUUCCAACACCCGGCUGGAGACUCCCGCAGCUGCGAGAGACCGUUCUGCGCUGCCAGGUUCAGCUUCCAAGCAGGUGACGGCAGCUCCCUCCUCCGCCGAGGGCUAUGAUUUCUCAACAAUGGGAGUCAGGAAAAAGCCAGCAAUCACAGAUGUUUUCUGGAGUUCUUUUUCAGCAGGACCUGGAUCCCUUUCCCCAGAACCAAUGAAAUCUGGCUCUCCUCGGCAAACAAAUGAUGAUUUCAAUGGGCCCACAAUUAACUCCCCAAGUUCAGAGACUCAUUCAGCUUCAGUUACUCCUCCCCCUGGUUUCACUUCAGCUGCCAAUACAAUAAACUUUGAGGAUUUCAAUGACGCUGUUGGGCAUUUUGCAACAGCAGAAGGCUUUAGCAUGCACGACUCAAUCCCUGGUACAAGCACCAACCAGCCUGCUCAACAGUCAGAUGUUCCUUUGGUUGGGAACCAGGCAGACCUUCUGUCCACAAGCAAUAACAAUGCUUCCAGAAACUUCCACGCUUCUGAGUUUGAAGAGUCCCCAUCCACAAGUUCCGUGUCUCAUUCCCCUGCAUCCACACAUCCUCUCUCGCUAACUUCUCCAGGUAGACCUUCCACAGCUAGCUGGCAGGACAUGCUUUCAGAUGGCAUGGAUACAACUUCCCAAUUUGUCAGAAACACUUUUCCAUCUCCUGUGAUAAAUGACGCCACCGUGUUCCAAGGCAUCACGAAAUAUCACUCUACUACCGAAUCUCCUCUCUCAAACAAUGCCUUAUUCCACACCCCGUCCAAAGUGCUGCUGGCUUCUCAGCGCCCCAAGAAAGGGACAGGUGCCGCCAUUAAUGCAGCGGACUCGUCGGUGCCAUCCAAGGCGGAGCCGACAGCAGCCAGCACUCCAUUGUUCCUGAGGAAAGCAAGUCCACCAGCUCUGUCUGCAGCCCUUGUUGCCAAGGGCACCGGUAGCAGCCCUUCGGCCAUGGCCUCAGGAUCGGUCAAGAGCAGUUUGACCGCUUCGCUGGUUAAAAAUGUCACAAGCAGCGCAGCCUCCAGCCCCAAGGUGACCCCUGGGACUGCCCAUCAGGCCUUCUCAUUCACACCGACCUACAUGUUUGCCAGAACGUCACACACCAUGAGUGCUCAUACAGCCAUGCCAGGGAACACGGGUGCUGCCUUGGGCCAGGUGUUCACAACACUCCCCCCCAGGAAACCACAAGCCAUGCACACAGGCCUUCCAAACCCCACGCCCCCAGGCAUCCCCCGGGGGGCCACCACUCGUCCGCUGACAAUCACAGCAGCCUUGACCUCCAUCACCGCCCCAGGAAGGGCCACUCGGUUGCCCCCUGUGCUGGCCGAAAACACAGAUAUGGCUCUUCCUGCUGUGUCCACUGCAGUGGUCACGGCGGGAAAAAUCACCUCCACUCUGGAAUGUCAGAUGUCCAGUAAGCUCCUGGUGAAGACAGUUCUCUUUGUGACCCAAAGGAGAAUGCAGGUCAGUGAAUCCUUGAGGCUCAAUGUAGCCAAAGGGCUCACACAGGCACUGCGGAAGGCUUUUCACCAGAACGACGUCUCAGCGCACGUGGAUAUUCUGGAACAUUCUCAUAAUGUCACGGUUGGUUAUUAUGCUACCAAAGGAAGACUGGUGUACUUACCUGCCGUGGUGAUGGAAAUGUUGAGUAUUUAUGGAAUCAGCAAUGUCACUGCAGAUUUGAAGCAGCAUACUCCUAAUUUGCAGUCUGUGGCAGUCCUUGCUUCCCCAUGGAAUGCCCAGCCUGCUGGCUACUUCCAGUUAAAGACAGUGCUCCAGUUUGUAAGCCAAUCUGAUAACAUACAGUCCUGCAAAUUUGCUCAGACAAUGGAACACAGGCUGCAGAAGGCCUUCCAGGAUGCUGAAAGGAAAGUCCUGAACACCAAGAGCAACUUGACCAUUCAGAUCGUCAGCACAUCCAACGCCUCCCAGACAGUCACGCUGGUGUAUGUGGUGGGCAAUCGGAGCUCCUUCCUCAACGGCACGGUCGCCAGCAGCCUCCUCCGCCAGCUCUCAGCCGAGCUGGUGGGGUUCUACCUCACCUACCCGCCGCUCACCAUUGCAGAACCACUGGAAUAUCCCAACCUUGACAUAUCAGAAACAACCAGAGACUAUUGGGUCAUUACAGUGCUACAGGGUGUGGACAAUUCGCUGGUGGGCCUGCACAACCAGAGCUUCGCCCGGGUCAUGGAGCAGCGUCUGGCCCAGCUCUUCAUGAUGUCCCAGCAACAAGGCCGGAGGUUUAAACGGGCCACCACCUUGGGGAGCUACACUGUGCAGAUGGUGAAGAUGCAGCGGGUACCGGGACCCAAGGACCCAGCAGAGCUCACUUACUACACCCUGUACAACGGGAAGCCACUAUUGGGCACUGCAGCUGCCAAGAUCCUCAGCACCAUUGACUCCCAAAGAAUGGCGCUCACCCUCCAUCACGUUGUCCUUCUGCAAGCUGACCCGGUGGUGAAGAACCCACCCAACAACCUGUGGAUCAUCGCUGCGGUGCUGGCGCCCAUCGCUGUGGUCACGGUCAUCAUCAUCAUCAUCACUGCCGUGCUCUGCCGGAAGAACAAGAAUGACUUCAAACCGGACACCAUGAUGAACCUGCCACAGAGAGCAAAGCCUGUGCAAGGUUUUGAUUACGCCAAGCAGCACCUGGGCCAGCAAGGGGCCGAUGAAGAGGUGGUCCCUGUGACACAGGAAACGGUGGUGCUCCCUCUCCCUGCAAGAGAUGCUCCCACCUCCCAGGAAAGGGACGUCGCCCAGGAUGGCAGCACCAUCAAGACGGCUAAGUCAACCGAAACCAGAAAGAGCAGGUCGCCCAGUGAGAAUGGCUCUGUCCUCAGCAACGAAUCAGGGAAGCCCAGCUCCGGGAGGCGCUCGCCCCAGAAUGUAAUGGCACAGCAGAAAGUGACAAAGGAGGAGGUCCGGAAGAGAAAUGUGCCAGCCAGUGAUGAUGAAGAAGGAGUGGUUCGUUUUGACAAUGGCAAGGCCACCGCUGAGCCCUUCGACGCAACUUCUGGAUCAGUGCAGCUCAUCGCUGUAAAACCCACAGCCCUCCCGGUGGUGCACCCCACCUCAGACAGAAGCCAGGAACCUACAGUCCUCAAUGGUGAGGUGAACAAAGCCCUGAAGCAGAAGUCGGACAUCGAGCACUAUCGGAACAAGCUGCGUCUGAAAGCCAAGAGGAAGGGCUAUUACGACUUCCCCCCAGUGGAGGCCAACAAAGCACAGACGGAGCGAAAAAAGAUGUACGAGAAAGCCCCCAAAGACGUGGAGCACGUUAUGGAUCCAGACGCAGAGCUGUGUGCCCCAUUCACGGAGGCUAAAAACAGGCAACAGAUGAAGAACUCUGUCUACCGAAGCCGGCAGUCUCUGAACAGCCCAAGUCCAGGAGAAACAGAGAUGGACCUUCUGGUUACUCGGGAGCGACCCCGGCGUGGAAUUCGUAAUAGCGGAUAUGACACCGAGCCGGAAAUCAUCGAGGAAACCAACAUCGACCGUGUGAACGAGUCCCGGGGCUACGGCAGGUCUCGGCAGGUGAAGGGCCACUCGGAGACGUCCACGCUGAGCUCGCAGCCGUCCAUCGACGAGGUCAGGCAGCAGAUGCACCUGCUGCUGGAGGAGGCCUUCAGCCUGGCGUCCUCGGGCCACGCAGGCCAGAGCCGGCACCCGGAGGUCUACGGCUCCACCCAGCACCUGCCCUACUCCGAGGUGGUGACCAGCGCACCAGGGACCAUGACGAGACCCAGGGCUGGGGUGCAGUGGGUGCCGACCUACCGCCCAGAAAUGUACCAGUACAGUCUGCCCCGGCCAGGUGUUUGUCUAAUCCAGGAGCAGAGUAGUGCCUACCGGUUUUCCCAGCUUCCAGAAAUGGUCAUGGGUUCUCCACCUCCACCAGUACCUCCCCGGACUGGCCCUGUGGCUGUCACUUCUCUGAGGCGAUCCACCUCGGACGUGGGGAGCAAGACCAGGAUGACCGACUCGGCGGGGCCCGAGGCAGCCCCCCUGCACGACAGCGGCUCCUUCGCCCAGGUGUCCCGAGGCCAAGUGUCCGUGGCACAGCUGGAUCAGUCGGCCUUAAAUUACUCAGGUAAUACAGUGCCGGCUGUGUUUGCCAUCCCAGCUGCCAACCGCCCCGGCUUUACUGGCUACUUCAUCCCGACGCCUCCCUCCUCCUACAGGAACCAGGCCUGGAUGUCCUAUGCAGGGGAGAAUGAGCUCCCGAGCCAGUGGGCUGAUUCGGUCCCCCUCCCCGGGUACAUCGAGGCUUACCCGCGCUCUCGUUAUCAGCAGAGCUCACCCUCCAGGCUCCAUCGUCAGUACAGCCAGCCGAGCAGCAUGCACCCCAGCUUGGAGCAGGGCCCAGUGCCCUCCACGGCAGCGUCCCAACAGAGCCUGACAGAGAACGACCCACCCGAUACCCCCCUGACCAACAUCUCCACAGCAGCCCUUGUAAAGGCCAUCCGGGAAGAGGUGGCCAAGCUGGCUAAGAAACAGACAGACAUGUUUGAGUUCCAGGUCUAGGGCCAUAGGCCUAUAUAAGGACUUAACACUGCAGGUUUUGAACAAGGGCCCGUGGCUUUCUCCAACUGGACUUGUCGGGACUUGAGACAGAGACUUUGUGUGAGUCCCUCUCAUCCCUAGUUUCUGAAAAAUGGUGAACUUUGAGGCUUCAGGGAAACAGAGGACUCUCUCAAAUGACUGGAUUCUCGGUUUAUUCAACUGACUGUGCUUCAAGAAUUCCCUGCGUGGAACCAUAUGUCUGAUAUUCGCUUGUGUUAAAUGUUGGAAUUGUGGGUGUAUUUCCCUAGGGGGCCUUAGUCACAAGAGACCUAAAUUAUCUGCAGAUUCCUGUGUGAUGCCACUUUUGAACAAAUCACCAGAAGGCGGGAGAACUAGCUCUAUCUUCGGUGACCUCUGCAUGUUAACUGUUUCUGUUUAAAGGCAAUACAGGUGUGUAAUUAAGCACCAGACUCUACUCGCUCUCACUCAGCCGUGACUGUCAUCCUUCAAACCACCUCGGGUCUAUAAGGGAGGCACACACGCCAGCCAAGAAACUUGAGCCCUUUGCUUUGAAAGGUUCAUGUUCAAAGUCAAAUGAAUUGGAUGAAAAUCAGUUUGCUCCAUGACUGCCCCUAUAGAAAGUGCUGACUUUUUAAAUCCCCCGAUAAUUAAACAAAGGCCAAGAAAAGAGAGAAGCUGAGAGAGAAUGUUGGCUUUGUGUUGACAACUUUCCGAAAGAGUGCUGUCAUUUUGGAAAGAGAGCACCCUGCAAGUUGGGAUCUAACUGAAAAAGCAUCAGUGCUGAGAGUUUUUAGGAUCCUAUGAAAGAACAGUUACUGGUGGAGGUUUUUCUUUGCCCUGCAGUGAAGAUAUCCUGAGAAUGAAGCUUCUCUCUUCGGAGGGGUAGAGUGGGUGUGGGUUAAUAGAUACAUCAGCCUUUACAAGGGAAGCACUAUCUCUUCCACAAUGAUGUCCAGCAUGCUGCUACAAAAGGAAAUGGUCACAGAGGCCUGUUCAGAAUUGGAACGGUGGAUCCAGUCUCCCCAGGCUGCAGCCUCUGUUUAUAGGCGCUUCCGAAUAUAGAAAAUCUGUUGGCUUACAUUUCAGUGUAGAUGGCAUUUUAAGAAGUGUACGGAGUUAGCUCGUCCCCUCUCUGCCCUGUAGUUAGGGGCACAGGGGGACUCCCACUGAAAUGGCAGGGCUGCUGAACCCAUGACCAGAAUGUGGCCAGCCUCCUCCCUUUUGCAGCUGCAGAGCUUUGGGUGCACAUGGCCUCACUACCAGCCCUUGACAGGGGCGCUAAGGGAGGAAAAGCUCUGGUUUCCUCACCAAUCUGUACAGUGUUGGGGGCUUCCUUGGUGUCUGUUGGAGAACGAGGUUCUGUUCUGGCUUCACCCAUGAUCCAUCUAGCUUCAGCUGUAUCCAUUCCCUUCUGAGCCCAUCUUUCCAUUCUCCUCAUGAGUUUCUUUGGUCUUUACUGAGAGAAGAACGUAGACAUUUGAAAGUCGAGAGAAGAAUAGGAAUGGAACUUAGUAGAAUGGGAGAUUCAAACUGUCAAAGCACAGACUUUUCCAAGAAGCUGUUUUUAUUUCCCAGUGACAAAUUGCCCUUUCUGGAAUGUUCCGGAGAUGAUGUGUCAUGGAAUUCCCAUACAAGUCUCUUGUUCAGAUGAUACUAGGUAGUGUCCUUUUGGUAUGCUAGUUGAUCUUUCAUAGUGUUAGUUUUUUGUUACUUAAAAAAAAAAUCAGCUAUAAAUAAAAUGUAUUUUUGUAAUUUCCAUGUGUAUAUAUGGUAUAUUUCUACCAAUGGCCAGUUGUUGUAGUCCAAAAUCUAAAUCAGCUUGCAAAACACUGUGGACAGUGCAAGAUUUUAUUGACAGAUUAACACAAUACCUAAGUCUAUCCAAAUAGGUAUUCAAUGCACUUGAAUGAACAAAGAGCCAAAGAAACUCAGCCUUUUCAUGCAAAUGGUAUGAGUCUGAUAAAGUCAGCUACAUUGUCCCGCCUUAUCAAUAAUAUUAAUAUUUCAUCAGUGCAACGAUAUCAACCCAGUACUUUGUCUACUUGGUAAAUGCCUGGAAAUGCUGUAUCUAAAAAACAAAGUUUCAAGACCUUAGUGUAAUUAAAAUGUAUGCACAUGCUUCAAACACAGUGUCUGAGCUUUUGGAUGGUUCAAUGACUUACAGAGAAUGAGCCCGUAGUUUGCUCCAGCUUAAAAAGAGGGUGGAGAAACAAAUCACUGUGGUCUUUACAGGGGUUCAAGAAAUACUGAGUUAGACAACUGAGACGACAAAAAGUAUGGCUUGUUAAGUCACUUUCUUAAACUAGACACCACAGGUUUAAGAAAAAAUAUAUAUGAGGGGGGAAAAAAAAAACAAUGGAUUUUCCUACCAAUGAGAGAGCUGCCAGUGUUGGAUUUUCUGUGACCAAAAUGUGGUCAGUUCUCCAAAGAGUCUCCUGACCCCAUGGAGGUGGCAGAAAACCUGGAGAACUGACUCUGAGAAAGGGCAGAUGGUCAGAGUGCCUCGUGGAAGUGCCAAUCAGUUUCCAUGAGAGCCCACAUGCUCCGUGUUCCUCAGGAUGUGGCAGACAGUUGAAGAAGCUACAAAGGACUUUGGUGACAUUGGAAAAGAAAGUGCAAGUCCAGAGAAGGAGAGUCACCUGCCUGAGGGCUCCAGCCCCAGCCUGCUGAUUCAUGAUCCAACUUGCUUUCCAUUUCACCAUGCUGCCUGCACGCUUGUCUACGACACAUUUCCUGAACCAUGCUAAGAGUUUAUAAAAGUAAACAAGGGCCAUAUGAGGGGACUCUUAUGUGCUUGUGAAGAAACAUGACUAUUGAAUAGGGGAAGAACUUCAGUUUAAAAUGUAUAGAGGACAAUGCCUUUGUAGCAUAAUAAAAACAUUUUUUUCUGAACUAAU